AUGCCGUGGGCCGGCCGAGACAAUACGCAAACUUCUGGAGAUGCAGCGCACCCGAAACACCACGACCCAUACCGCUUCGUACCGGCGGAUGACUUUUUUGAGAACUUCACGGCGAAAUGCCAACCCAAUUGCGUCACGUACAAGCCGGACGACCAGCUCACGGAAGAGAAGACGAGGAAUCCAGCCAGUUCUCACGGCCGCAUUUUCCGGCUGAACGACGACGCUGUGUUGCUCGUCCAGUUCAUCCGCCCUCUCGUAUGGAGGAUACAGUUCAACCCCAGUUACAGGCGUGGAUCGGACUUCACGGAGUGGAAUACACGGACCAUGCUCGAGGGAAGAUUGUCCAGGAUGAUUCGGGUUCUGGACACCGCUGAGGAUAUCGUCUGGGACGUCGAGUUUGACCCUACGCACGUCAAUCACUUCAUUCUUCGAUCCGUGGUCGUGCUCAAGGGGAAGCGCCUCCCUGUAGUUGAGUUGUGGAUCCAGCGGAGCCCUUUCAAAAUUACCGCAGUCCGCACAAUCAAAGUCGCUUCGCCCCUGGGACGCCCCCCGGUUACCAUACCGGUGGAUAUUCCGGGUCAUUCCGGAAGAGCUGUCAUUUGGCAGACAAUCGAGAACCCGUUGCAGUACGAUCAGCGUUCGACAAUCUUGUCCGUGGAAAAACAACCGCAGGCAAAGUAUAUGGGAUUUGGAGGACAGGGUGGGAAGAGCUUGUUCAAGGAUAAGGUGUACCUGAACUACUUUAACUUUGACAACAUGCGCUACAACAACAUCUACGCGAAAGGGCCGGAAGAAGCCGCGGAGCCACUGUACCAUUCGGAGCCAUUCUGGAUAGAGCUGAACAGACAUCCUGGCUACCUGUCGCAGGUGGCAACCUUCGUCGACAACUAUUCUCACGUCUGUCUCGACAUUGGCAAGACAGAUGACAGCUUGCUUCGUAUAGCAACGAGGUUCAACAGCUUCCAGGGUGUCUUCAUGGCCGGAAACAACACGGCAGAGAUAACCAGGCUGUACACCUCGAUUGUCGGGAAGCCCAGACUGAUGCCCCGGUAUGUCCUCGGCUACCACCAAGGUUGCUACGGAUACGACCGCCAAUGGAAGGUCGAGGAAGCCGUCCGCAAGUACCGCGAAAACGGAUUCCCGCUUGACGGCAUGCACAUCGACGUAGACAUCCAGAGAGGCUACCGGACGUUCACCAUUGACCGGAGCGUUCGAUGUAGUACCAACAUCACGCCGGUCAUUAGAUGCACACCGGACGAGAAGUUGAUCGAUCCGUCGGCGCCGACCUGCAUGGAUCAAAGAUAUAUGCAGUACGGAAACGCGGACCUGUACUUUACAAAUCCGAACGAUGUCGGCAGGAGGCCGUAUCCUGACGACUAUGACUUCGCUGCACAUUUCAACAAGGCGGUGCCAUUCCACGGAGGCGUGUCUUACGGCGAUGGCCAAGGAGCCCCGGGACACUAUCCGAACCUAAACAACCGGGCCACUCGGGAAUGGUGGGGGAAGCAGUACAAGGACCUCUUCGAUGCCGGUCUCGAGUUUGUCUGGCAGGACAUGACCUCGCCCUGCAUAGGCGAGACUUAUGGAGACAUGAAGUCGUGGCCAUUCAGACUCCUACUAGAGUCGGACAGCUGGCAAGGAGAGCAAAGGCAGAGGAGACGGAGCAACGCGGGGUUGGACGACAAGAAAGACUUGAAGGCAGCCAUUGAGAUCUGGUCUCUGUACAGUCUCAACUUGCACAAAGCUACCUUUAGCGGCCUGAAGAAGCUGGACAGCCGCAAAGGAAAGCGGAACUUCAUCAUCGGCAGAGGCAGCUUCGCCGGCGCGCAGCGCUACGCGGGUGCCGAUGUUGGCGGAUUCGAGCUCGCAUAUGGGGAGACGAAUUUCGCCAACCCGGAGCUGCUGAUCCGCUGGUACUGCGCAAACAGCCUUCUCCCAUGGUUUCGGAAUCACUACAGCGGAAAGCACGAGCCUUUCGAGGACAAUCCCAGCCACGUCCGAGACGCUGACAAGAAGUUGUUCCAAGAGCCGUACAGGUACGAGGAAUACUACAGGGAGAACAGGGACAGGAUGGCAGACGAGGAGCGGGAGCUGUUCGAGGCCGUCCUUCCUGCAUGCCGGUACAUCGUCCGUCUCCGAUACAGCUUGCUUCAACUACUCUACGACGCCAUGUUCGAAAGCACAAUCACAGGGCUGCCCAUUGCAAGAGCGAUGGUCACAACGGACCCCCUCGAUGGCUCUCUACUCACCAAGAACGAGAAAUUCACCGAGAACCAGUACCUAGCCGGAAACGACAUCCUCGUCGCCCCUUCACUGCACAAAGGAAGCGAAUCCACCCGCCGCCAAAUCUACCUCCCUUCAACAAACUCUUGGUAUGCGAUGAACCUCCGGCCACACGACAGCAUCGGCGAAGCCUUGCUUCCCAAAGUCGCGGGAGCCACAUACGUCGACUAUGACUGCCGCAUCAGCGCCGAUGAAAGCCAGCUCCCGUUCGUGUGCCCCAUGUACAUCCGAGAAGGAGCCAUCAUCCCGCAGAUCCAAGUGCGCCAAUCCGUCCCGGACCGCACGCGGCCACCAGCAGAGCAGCCAGACGACCAACCAGCGAACCCCAUCACCAUCAACAUUUACCCCGGCCGAGCUGAUAGCAAAAGCCACACAUACCGGAUGUACCUCGACGACGGCGUCUCACGCAACAGCGCGCCGGAGGGGACGUACUUUGCUACCCUGCCGCCACGCCACCACCACCACAACGCCGGAGGAGGUGCUGCUGCCGUUGUCCCGCCAAAUCACCACGCGCAUGGCGACGAUGCUGAGGCGAGGAGUAAUUUCCGCCGCGUCGACAUCGGCCAGCGGAUUACCACCGAUGAGAGUGCGAGUAGUGCGUUGCAGAGGACCAUCACCGUGUCGACGGGGUGGGAUGCGGCGCGGAAUACGGGAGACGUGCCAGAAGAGGAGCUGUAUGGGGACGAGAAAGUGAAGAGGGACGUGGGACCGGAGUACAGGGUUGUGAUAUGGCACGAAGAUGGAACAAGGAUGGAGGAUGUAUGCGUCGAGGUCGACGGUGAAGAAAGGACACGGGAGGAGGUUGAUGAGAGGAGAAGAGCUACUAUUGUCUGGGUGCCUGUGGAUGCCGAUGCGAAGACGACGAUCAAGGUGUGGUACGCGGUGUAG